CUCGUCAUAAAGCCCCAUUGUUUGGAUCCGAUCGGGUGUUCUUGCUCUCUUCACACACGGGCCUUCCAAGUUAGCACGGGCCUUUGAUAAAUUCUGAAAAAAGGAAAAUUUUCAUUCAGCAUUGGCUGGCGUUUGUUGCCUGCUUGGCGUUCUUUUCGAAUUUUCUUUUUAUUUUUCUCUGCCCAACGGCGGGACACCACCUCCUUUUUUAGCUCUGCUCGCGGAAGCUUCGGGUGAAACGGUGGUGACCAAGACACCUUUUCAGCAUUCCAACGCCAUCCCUAAUCCUUCUUUUCCACCUCCCGCACUUGGCAGAUAUCCCACCUUGCAGUCAUGGGUCAAUCACAUUCCAAAGGCGGCUCUAGCUCCGGCGACCCUUUGCAGUCGUACCCUUCCUUCACUCGUUCGGACACCCAAGAGUCUCGUCGCUCCCUUCGCGGCUCGAUCCGAUCCAAGAUCAGGAGCAGCGACAGUCCCCGCGCGUCUCUCACGGGGCUGUCUCGGACGGAUAGUCAGACGGACAAAUCGGAUACAGGGUCUAUAAAGUCGGCAAAGUCAGCCAAGUCGACUGGAAGUCGACGCGAUUCCAACCCCCAGAGCCCGGGGUCGGAGGAUGCUGGUGCCCAGUCUGAUGUCCCCGACCCUCCACCGUCACCUUCGAUGUCCAACAGCCUGAAAAAGGGCCACAAGGAUGUGAGCGAGAUGCAGGCGAGUGGGGAGGUCGAUCAUGUUUCGGAUGUACCCCCGACCGGCAGCGUCCCGGAGAAGGAGAAACCCAAGGUCGUCGAAUCGAUCCUUAUCAAGCGGGAUAAUCAGCUCAACCCCAUUUUGGAUUUCAUCAUGAACCCCCCCUUGGAGACCAGUGGGUCGCCUGGAAUGGGGAUGGGGGCUCUGAAGUCCAUUGAUCUGGACGACAUGAUCUCGCGCCUGCUGGAUGCUGGCUACUCGACCAAGGUCACCAAGACUGUCUGCCUGAAAAACGCAGAGAUUACCGCGAUUUGCGGAGCGGCUCGAGAGCUCUUCCUUUCGCAGCCGGCACUGCUGGAGCUGUCGGCUCCGGUUAAGAUCGUUGGUGAUGUACACGGUCAAUAUACCGAUCUCAUUCGACUAUUCGAGAUGUGUGGCUUCCCUCCGAACUCGAACUAUCUCUUCCUAGGUGACUAUGUCGACCGUGGGAAGCAGAGCUUGGAAACCAUCUUGCUGCUUCUGUGCUAUAAGCUCAAGUACCCCGAGAACUUCUUCCUCUUGCGAGGCAACCACGAAUGCGCCAACGUCACCCGUGUGUACGGGUUCUAUGAUGAGUGUAAGCGCCGUUGCAACAUCAAGGUCUGGAAGACCUUCAUUGACACCUUCAACUGUCUCCCCAUCGCUUCCAUCGUUGCUGGGAAGAUCUUCUGUGUCCACGGCGGUCUGUCCCCUAGUCUGUCGCACAUGGACGAUAUCCGAGGCAUCGCUCGUCCCACUGAUGUGCCGGAUUAUGGAUUGCUCAAUGACCUUCUCUGGAGUGAUCCGGCGGAUAUGGAGGAAGAUUGGGAACCCAACGAGCGUGGUGUUAGCUAUUGUUUCGGCAAGCAGGUUAUCAUGAAUUUCUUGCAGCGUCACGAUUUCGAUUUGGUUUGCCGUGCUCACAUGGUUGUCGAGGACGGUUAUGAAUUCUAUCAGGAUCGGGUUCUGGUCACAGUUUUCUCUGCUCCUAACUACUGCGGUGAAUUCGAUAACUGGGGUGCGAUCAUGUCGGUUUCCGGUGAGCUGCUCUGUAGCUUCGAACUCUUGAAACCCUUGGAUUCGGCCGCCUUGAAGAAUCAUAUCAAGAAGGGCCGGAACAAGCGGAACAGUAUCUUGAGUAGUCCUCCUGCGCCUGUAUCAGCCCAAAGUUACUAAAACGGUAUUGUUGUUUAUACUGCCAAGACCUCGGCAUCCACAUGAUGUCACCGUCAAAAGUGAUUAUUGGUCAUAAAAUGGCCUGAAAUGGUCCAUCUCCCGUGCAGUCCCCCUCCAGUCGGGACCCAGCAUUUUGAGAGCGUUGGUACUACUCCAGCGCCGAAAUUUUCCGUCAGUGUGAAUCACUUGUCGGGUGGGCGUUAGGGCCAGUCUAACGUCCUAUUGCAUUCAACGUUCAAUUCAGUCAGGCGCCGUCUGCCGGUGGUUUCGGGACUUCGAGUCCGUUUCUCUAUUGGAGAUAGCAGCCAUACUGGUUCGACAGACUCG